AUGUUUUUCCUUACUGGUAUGGGAUCUUUGAAACUCAUCCUCUUUGCCUUUGAUAAAGUUCCUCUUUUCCCACUUCCAAGCCUCCUCCAGCUUAUUUUGUUCACUUGCUUCCUAAUCAAGAAACCUGAAAAAACUAAAUCUCUAUCUAGUUUCCCCAGAUGGCUUUUCGCCAUAAAAGUCGCAAUAUAUGGAAUGUUGUUGUAUGUACGAAAAUACAAACAAAACCUUACCCCAUGUGUGUUAUUGCUUGCUCUGAAUUUUUACUUGCCACUAGAGAUAUUAUUAACGGUCAUCAAGUUCCUACUGACUACAGUGGCGGACCUAAGAAUUAAUUAA